UUUUUUUUUUUUUUGAAUUGACAAAAAUCAAAUCAUGUUUGGUGUUACCAAAGACUUUAUUGGUAAACCAGCUCCUCCCAAUUAUGUUGCUGGUUUAGGACGUGGAGCUACAGGUUUUACUACACGAUCUGAUAUUGGACCUGCAAGGGAAGCAUCUGCUGAUUUCCCAGUAGGUGAUGUCAAAGCCAAAACGGAAGGUGAAGACGACGAAGAACAAUAUCAAGAUCCUGAUAAUGAAGUAGGACUCUUUUCCGCUGCACCAUAUGAAGAAGAUGACGAAGAAGCUGACCGUGUAUGGGAUAUGAUUGAUGCUCGUAUGGAUGAACGACGAAAAGCACGACGUGAAGCAAGGGAAAAAGAAGAACUAGCCAAAUUCAGACAAGAACGACCCAAGAUCUCACAACAAUUUUCUGAUUUGAAACGACAACUUAGUUCUUUGGAUGAAGAAGAAUGGGCUUCUAUUCCUGAAGUGGGUGAUUUGGUAGGCAAGAGUCGAAAGAAAAGCAAAAUACCUGAACGGUUUACUCCAUUACCAGAUACUGUUUUGGCUGCCGCUCGCGAUCAAGCACAACAUAAUACGACAACAACCAUUCAAGACGAUAAUAGUGGAAUGCUCACGGAUUUCAAGGAAAUUGGUCAAGCUCGUGACAAGGUUUUAGGUUUGAAACUAGAUCAAGCAUCUUCUGAUUCAACUUCUGGUCAAACAACUAUUGAUCCCAAAGGCUACCUUACUGAUCUCAACAGUGUGGCUUUGAAGACUGCGACGGAAAUUGGUGAUAUUAAGAAAGCUCGUUUAUUACUUAGUUCUGUCAUCACAACUAAUCCAAAACAUGCUCCUGGUUGGAUUGCUGCUGCUCGUUUAGAAGAAGCUGCUGGACGUCCUGUACAUGCUCGAACUACCAUUGCAAAAGGUUGUAUCCAAUGUCCAAAGAAUGAAGAUGUGUGGUUGGAAUCUGCUCGUUUAAAUACUGUUGAAAAUGCGAAAAUUAUAUUGGCUGAUGCUGUUCGAUCUAUACCACAAUCUGUUAAAAUCUGGUUGAGGGCAGUGAAUCUGGAAACAGACAACAAAAAUAAGAAGAAAGUACUACGACGUGCUCUUGAAUUUAUACCCAAUUCAGUCAAAUUAUGGCGGACAGCAAUCAAUAUGGAGGAUAAUCCGGAAGAUGCUAAAGUAUUACUCUCUCGUGCAGUUGAACUGGUACCUUUAAGUGUGGAAUUAUGGUUGGCUUUAGCUAGACUGGAAACUUACAACAAUGCAAAACGUGUACUAAACAAGGCUCUUGCUACUAUUCCAACAAGUCAUGAAAUCUGGAUUGCUGCUGCUCGAUUACAAGAAGAACAAGGUGAAAAAGAAAUGGUGGAAAAGAUCAUCAUUGCAGCGGUCAAGAAACUUUCCAAAGUGGGUGCUGUGAUGACUAGGGAACAAUGGUUGAAAGAAGCAGAAAAGGCAGAAUCAAACGGAUCAGUCUUGACAUGCCAAGCCAUUGUGAAGGUAACCAUUGGAUUAGGUCUAGAUGAAGAAGAUGAAGAGGAUUUAGAAAGUAUUUGGAUGGAUGAUGCUGAAGCUUGCACAAAUCAUGGAUCUAUUGAAACAGCUCGUGCUAUCUAUGCUCAUGCUCUCAAAACAUUCCCUGGACAUAAAUCAAUUUGGCAACAAGCUGCAUUUUUGGAAAAGAACCAUGGAUCCCCUGAAAGUUUGGAAGAACUACUCAAACGUGCUGUCAAAUACUGCCCUCAAGCUGAAGUACUAUGGUUGAUGGGUGCCAAAGAAAGAUGGAUGGCUGGUGACGUUGAUGGUGCACGUAUGAUUUUGAAGGAAGCUUUCGAAGCGAAUCCAAAUAGUGAACAAAUCUGGUUGGCUGCCGUCAAAGUAGAAAGUGAAAAUCAAGAAUACGACAGAGCACGACGUCUUUUGGAAAAUGCACGAAAACAAUCUGGUACGGAACGUGUAUGGAUGAAAUCUGUUAUGUUGGAACGGCAAAUGGGUGAUUAUUCUCAAUGUAUGGCAUUAUUAGAACAAGGACUGGCACUUUAUCCUACAUUUGAUAAGUUAUGGAUGAUCAAGGGUCAAGUAGAAAACACUGAUCUAGGCAACACAACAGCAGCAAGAGAAACAUACAACAAGGCAGUCAAACAUUGUCCUAAAAGUGUACCUUUAUGGAUUCAACUGGCUCAACUGGAAGAAAAGAUGGAUAUGGUAACAAAGGCUCGGAACACAUUGGAAAAAGCACGUUUUACGAAUCCCAAGGUACCGGAAUUAUGGGUGGAGGCUAUUAGAAUUGAAAAUCGGGCAAAUAAUCCAGCAGCAGCAAAAGUGGUGGCAGCAAAAGCAUUACAAGAAUGUCCUUCUUCUGGUAGUGUUUGGACGGAAGCUAUCUUUAUGGAACCUCGACCACAACGUAAAGCACGUAGUGUUGAUGCUCUUAAAAAAUGUGAACAUGAUCCCAUUAUUGUCAUCACGGUGGCUCGUUUGUUUUGGAAUGACCGGAAAAUUGAAAAGGCUAGAAAUUGGUUCCAAAAAGCUGUUCAAAUUGAUCCUGAUCAAGGAGAUUCUUUUGCCUGGUGGUACAAGUUUGAAUUACAGCAUGGUGUAGAGGAACAACAAGAGUUAGUGAUUAAACGAUGUGUACAGGCUGAACCUCAUCAUGGUGAACAUUGGCAAGCAAUCUCAAAGGAUAUCAAGAAUAUUGGCAAGAAAACUGAUGAAUUAUUGAAACUAUGCGCAGCUUCAUUAGAUUCAUGAAUAUAUAUCUUUUUAGUUAGACAUUGUUUAAAUCAAUCAUCAAAUAAAAAUAGGUUAUUUUUGAAUUAUUUGA